CUGUAUAUUUGAUCUACACCUAGAUGUGGUAUAUAUAGAUAAAUGUGUCUUCAUUUCUCUUUUUCUAUGCAAUGUUGAGUACUUCAGGUGCUAUUAGAAUGUGUACUCAUCUGUUGCUGGGCCAUGUUGUGUACAUGGAAUGAAGACCCUGCUGGAUGCAUUUUCUUAGUGUCUGCGAUGGGGCAGCAGGUCAACUGUCUCUAGGUUAGGGUCAAGGUGCUGGCCACCUCAGUGGGCUUAGCCUUUAGGAGUUAGCUUCAAAGAGUGGUAUUUGAAUUUUGAAUUGCAGGGUAUAAAGGCCAUUCUCUAUAGGACACAAAUUUCCACGAUCCUUGUGCUUUUGUGGCAUAACUUAUGUGUGGGGUAAUAUACUCCUUUGACCACUUAGGAAGAAGCUAGUGCUGUGGGCAUGCACUUAGUUUAAUCUGUUAGCCAAGCGCUAUUUCAUUAGUUGCCUUGAAAGGAAACAUAUUAGCCUCAAUAUUGCAUGUAGGAACAAAAGAACAACUUUUUUUUUUUUUUUUUUUUUUUUUUAUCAUAAAGGCGACUCAAUAUCCAGAUUCUUCAAAGUUAUGUAGAAAUAACUGAAAGAUUUCUGCAAGAAACCUGUGAAAUAGCGUGUUAUGUAACACAGCAUUAGAUAUUAAUGUUAACUGCAUUUUUUUGACUUGCACAAAUGAUUGGCAAACAGAUGGGCAUAUCUUUAAAAUUAAACCAUCUUUAGAUACCCACUCCUUGUAAACCAUUAUAGAUUAAAUUUAUCAUUAAGGGCUAUUCAUAAUUCUUUGAAUGAAGUCAGUAUUGUUUCUUUGUCAGACACAAAUGUCAAGACUGCUUUCUUUAAGUGACAUAUCUUUGUGUUGCAUUGUAAUUCUUUGCAACAUAUGUCAUUUGUUGUUGAUCCAUUAUAUUAACUGAGUGGUCAGUGUGUGCUAUCCUGUAGGAGGAGCUCAGAGUCUGAGAGCAGGACUUCCCAAACUUUACAUGCACAGGAAUCACCUGGGGCCAUUGUUAAUAAAAGGCAGAUUCUAGUGCAGGAGGUCUGGGGUGAGCCUGGGACUCUGUGUCUUUUACCAGUUUCCAGGAGUGCCAGGCAUGCUCUCUUAGGACCCCACUUCCCGUAGCAAGGCCCCAGUCUCCAGAAAGAGAGGGAGGUGAACACAUAAGAACAGGAGUGUGCUUGGCACUUUUGUAGCUUCUGCUCAUGUUGGUGUUGUGGUAGCGUCAGUGAGGGCUUUGGAAUCAGCCUGAAGAGGGAGGGCUGAAGGCAGGAAGCUUCCGGAGAUGGGUGAUAAUAAAGGAACUAAGACGAAAAAGAGGCCAGGCUGUACAGUGAGGGGAAAAGGAGGCCAGAGAAGAGAAUAUGGUUUUGAAGGUGAGGAAGGUGUGAAAUAGCUGAUGGAUGGUUGGUAAACUUAAAGUAGUUUGAUAUACCUAACGGGGGUGUUGGUGAGUGCUUCAGGGGACAGAGGGAAGGGAGUUAGGGGAGUUGAGAAUGGAGAGGUUGGUAAGGAUUUGAUUAUUAGUGCCUUCGAGCAUUCUGGAGCAUUUGGACUAGAACCUGAAAGCUAUGGGACAUCCUUUUAAGGAUUUUAAUCAGGGAGAGAUAUGAUGCAAUCUGUGUUUUAUAAGAUAAUUCAUUUAGUAGUGUAAAAGUGUUGAGACCAGAACUUUUUUUUUUAAAUGAAUGGUGACAGGAAGGAUGUAGGCUUAUUUCCCAAUGUUUGACUAGGUUGAAGAGAUAGACGGAAAUGAUGUUACUGCCAUAGGGAAUGCUAAUAUAAGGCAUAGCAUUGCUCUAUAUGAUGUCAAUAGUUUUCCUUAUUAAAAAUGUGUCUCUCCCAUUAAUGUCAGCAAAAUGAGAGGUAAUGUAGUAAUAUGACCUUAUUACUUUUCAUGGUUUUAUUUUUAAUACGAUACUUGGGGACAAACAGACCUUAGAAGGACUUCACAUACUUCUUUUUUUUCUUUCUAAACCUUUUUCUGAAUUUUGUAUAGUUGAGAAUUAUUCCUAACAUACUGAAAAUUGUUUAUGAAGAAAUAGGAAUAUAUGUUGGGAGAUAAUACAGAAAGGAGACAUAGGUUGUAAGUUUAGUUAACAUAAAAUAUGAUAUAUGGAAAGAAUACCAUAUGUUUCAUCCUAAAGGGUAGAUAUGGCCCUUAAAAAGAAUACUAAUCCCUGAAGAGGAGAAAAUAUUUUUUACAAAAGAGGAUUGCUGCCAUUUAAUACGGCAUUUAUUUAAACUUAUGUUACAUCUAAGAAGAAAUACAUAGGAGUGCUAUCCAUAGAAUUUUCUGCCGUGAUGGAAAUGUUCAUUUAUAGGCACUGUCUAAUAGGCAGCCACCAACUACAUGUGGUCUUUGAGCACUUGAAAUGUGGCUUGUGUGACUAAGGAACUGAGUUUUAAGUUUUAUUUAGUUUAAGUAAUUUAAAUAGCAACAUGUGGCUGGUGGCUGCUGGAUUACACAGCAUAGUCAUAGAGUAUUGGCAAUGCCCUGGCAUACUGAUGAGGAAGAAAAUGUGGUCUUGGCCCCCUUGGCCAACCCAGGGGUUUCAGAAAGGGCAUCAUUUGGCCCAUGAAGCACAUGUGGAAAAUACUUUGUGGUGAACUGAUAUGCUAGCGUUGGUGACCUGGGGGACACUUCCUGAUUGUUUAUCUAGGUUCUUGUCAGUUGUAUAGAUGACUCCUCCUCCAGCAAACAUUGGCCCUGUUAGAUGUUACCAAGUGGCUCUCGGUGGCGGGGUUGUGGGUGGGGCAGGUGGAGGAGAUUGCUGGUAACAGGCUUCAGGAUCUAGCUCAAAGGACUUUCACUUUGAGUGGAAGCUCAGCAAUGUGAGCCCUUUAUCUUCUGUGUGUCCACCUGUCAGUGUGUGGAUUCUUUGCCCCUCUUGAUACGUUUUGCAGCCUUGAUGAUUGAGAGGCAUCUCCAUGGGUUAUGGUGAGGGUGGUGAUGUGCUGUUUUUUUCAGCUGCAAGAUGCUCCCUUGGAAAUUCUGAUUCAUGUUCCACCCCCAUCCCCAGAAUCAUUACCACAGCUGUGUUCUAUACCUCAUGCUCUUUGGAGGUAAAGGAGAGAAAUUUAAAUAGAACAACUCAAAAUCAAGCCAUAAACAGCAAAAUUGUUUUUGGCAUUCUAAUAGGCAAAUAUCCUGUGAUUUCACUCUUGCCCACAUUUUGGCUGUUUAUGAAAAAAGUUCCCUUUGGAUGAUGUUUUACUUACACAAUUGGACAAAAAGUGGUUGAGCUAUAGGAGAUACUUUGCAUAUGAAAGGUGUUAUAUAUUCACCUAUCUCCUUGCUAGGUUUCCAGUCCACACCUCUAACACAAAACACCUGUUCUGAGUCACUACCAAAUUAAAACUCAGCUAUGCAAAUGCCAUUCUGCUUUGAGAAGAGUGAAGUAAAUAAUUGUUGAUGUUGUUUUGGAAGGUCAGAAAAUCACUAUAUAUAAAACAAAUUUAAUAAGUAAAACUUUAAGUAAAAUGUUAUAGCACAUUUUAUAUAUACAUAUAUUUUUUCAAAAUAUUAAUAUUUUUGGUGACAUUUCUUACAUCUUGGUAUCUUACGCACCCAUUGCUUUUAUCACUGAUUCUCUCUGUGGUUGGAUCUGCUCAUUUUUCCUUUAGCCAUUUCUCAGUAAAAUUUAUCAGUAGCUCCAAUUUGGUGUUGAUAUGCUUAUGUCCUAAAAGCUAUAUAUAGGAUAAUUUAAAAACAUUUUUGGAAAGGAAAUUCUCUUCUAUUUGGUGAUGGAUGCAGUUGUUUUAGUGAUUCUCUGAAUAAAACAGACUUAAUGUAGGCCUUUAAUAUUUUGUCCUCACUAGUAAGCUGCCAUUUCAUUCAUUCAUUUCUUUCAUCUUUGGGAACUGUCACUGAGAUGUUUAGUAGAAGGUUUACUCCUCUCAGCCUAUAAAAGGAUUUUUUUUUUGUCUGUUAAAUGAAGAGGAAUUUGGAUUAGAAGGUUUUCAGAGUGCUUGCUAACUCUAAAAUGUUUGUAAUUGGUUUCACAGUGCACUUCUCAUGUUGAUGAUUCUGUUAGUUGAGUGGUCUCAUUGUGACCCCUCCUCACUCCCAAACACAGGCAUCUUCUGAACUGUCCUUCAGUUCACAUCUCAGAAAAUGCUUGGCAAUAGGGUACUGAGUCGAAACUUGAAUUACUUUGUCUCCUUUGUAUGGAUCUGUACUGCUUGCUAAAUAUUCUCACAUCUAGUUAGACUGUUCCUCAUCAGAAAUUACCGAGGAGUACUUUCUGAAGUGGUAACCUACAUUCUUGGUAACAUAAGCCCCGAAUCUUAGUUCUUAUUUAAGAGAUUCGUCAUUUACAGGUACAUGUAAGCUCCAUGAGGACAAGAGGGAAUUUCAUUUUAUUCACUGAUCUCUCUCCAGCUCUUAGACCAGUGCCUGAAUCACAAUAGGUGCUCAGUAAAUACAUUUUGAAUGAAUGAUUGUGAUUUGAGAGUUAAUUUUUACAUAAAGCCAAAUCAAACAUAUAUGCAACUCAAAUGUUUAUUACCCAGGUGAUAAUUAUGAGACUUUAAAAAAUGUCAUUGCUAAUUUGUUAUUCCCGUUUCUUCUUUUUAAAUAUUUCAUGCUGUCCAGUAUGGAGGCCAUGAGCCCCAUAUGUCCAUUUUUAUCACUUGAAAUGUAACUGAUAGGAAUUGAGAUGUACUAUAAGUAUAAAUUACAUACUGGGUUUCAAACAAUACCAAAAUAUGUAAGGUAGCUCAUUCAUUUUUUUAAUAUUGAUUACCUCUUGAAAUGACAGUAUUAUGCGUUUAUUGGGUUAAAUAGAAAUUGGUAAAAUGAAUUUCACUCUUUCGGUCUACUUUUAAAAUGUAGCUACUAGAAAAUUAAAAAUUAAACGUACUGGCUCUCAUUUGUGGCCCAUUGAACAGUGUUGAUCUAGACUCAAAAUAUCUAGAUAUUGAGUGCAGACAAGGGAGAAGCUUUCAAAAUGGAGUCUUGAAUGAAUAUCCUUUAUAGAAACACAAAAUUAUAGAUUGCAGCUGCAACUUGGGAAAGUGGGCAUUCAGAUGGUCUUGAUCAAAUUUAAAAAAGGACCAAAACAAAUUAAUUAGAUUAGCUCAAAUCAGAAAUAUGAAAUGCAGCUACCAGAUGGAUUCCUGGCAUAGCUGCCAGCUGGGUCUUGAGGUCAGAAAAGGGGCAGGAAGGCCUUGGUGGCUGUCCCAGUGAGCGGUGACUAAUGACAGACUACAAAGCUAGUUUUUUAACUUCCCUGCCUGGACUUCACCUGAGCGUGGUUAUAGUUGUGGUGAGCAACAUGCCUAGUUGAUGCUAUAUAACGCUGGUGUUUUUCGUGCCUCUGGGAGAUGGAUACUUAGUAGAAAGGCGUGGGAAACAGGAAGGAAGAGGAACAUAGCCAAGGGUCAGUAUGGUUACUCUCAGGGAGGGCUUUCUGUUUUUUCCCUACCCAUGUCCCUCUACCGAAUCUUAAGCUGAUAAAAAGUAAGCACCAACUUCAUCACCGCUUCUCCAAGUUUGAUCUGGCUCUGCGUCUGGUCUCAGUGGGCUUGCAAGAGAAGGUCACCAGUGGGCUAAGCCAUCCACUCACCCUAGGCUCACUUUUAUGGAGCUGGCCCGGAGUCUCAUCCAGUCAGUAGCAUUUCUUCCCAUACCAGCGGACCCUGGAAGAUGAAGCGGCUCCUUCCAAGACACAUACGUAGACGUUACUUUCCUUAAGCUAAUUUGAAAGGUUAUUUUGGACCUAUAUCCAGAUUUUGCCUGACACUGCAGGGUCCAAGAGAAUUAAAGAAAUAUGGAAUGACAUGAAGAAGAUUAGUUAAGGAUUAUAGGCUUUGAGGGCAAACACCUCAGUGAAGUGAAGCACAGGCAAGCUCCUGAGCUGUGGUUUGGAGGAGCCGUGUGUUGGAAGAAGAUGGCAGAUCCAGGAAUGAUGAGUCUUUUUGGCGAGGAUGGGAAUAUUUUCAGUGAAGGCCUUGAAGGCCUCGGAGAAUGUGGCUACCCGGAAAAUCCAGUAAAUCCUAUGGGUCAGCAAAUGCCGAUAGACCAAGGCUUUGCCUCCUUACAGCCGUCCCUUCAUCAUCCUUCCACUAAUCAAAAUCAAACAAAGCUGACACAUUUUGAUCACUAUAAUCAGUAUGAACAACAAAAGAUGCAUCUGAUGGAUCAGCCGAGCAGAAUGAUAAGCAACGCCCCCGGGAACGGACUCGCGUCUCCGCACUCGCAGUAUCACACCCCUCCCGUUCCUCAAGUGCCCCAUGGUGGCAGUGGUGGCGGUCAGAUGGGCGUCUACCCUGGCAUGCAGAAUGAGAGGCAUGGGCAAUCCUUUGUGGACAGCAGCUCCAUGUGGGGGCCCCGGGCUGUUCAGGUACCAGACCAGAUACGAGCCCCCUACCAGCAGCAGCAGCCACAGCCGCAGCCACCACAGCCGGCUCCGUCGGGGCCCCCUGCACAGGGCCACCCUCAGCACGUGCAGCAGAUGGGCAGCUAUAUGGCACGUGGGGAUUUUUCCAUGCAGCAGCAUGGUCAGCCCCAGCAGAGGAUGAGCCAGUUUUCCCAAGGCCAGGAGGGCCUCAAUCAGGGAAAUCCUUUUAUUGCCACCUCAGGACCUGGCCACUUGUCCCACGUGCCCCAGCAGAGUCCCAGCAUGGCACCUUCCUUGCGUCACUCGGUGCAGCAGUUCCAUCACCACCCCCCUACUGCUCUCCAUGGAGAAUCCGUUGCCCACAGUCCCAGAUUCUCCCCGAAUCCUCCUCAACAAGGGGCUGUUAGGCCACAAACCCUUAACUUUAGUUCUCGGAGCCAGACAGUCCCCUCUCCUACUAUAAACAACUCAGGGCAGUAUUCUCGAUAUCCUUACAGUAACCUAAAUCAGGGAUUAGUUAACAAUACAGGGAUGAAUCAAAAUUUAGGCCUUACAAAUAAUACUCCAAUGAAUCAGUCCGUACCAAGAUACCCCAAUGCUGUAGGAUUCCCAUCAAACAGUGGUCAAGGACUAAUGCACCAGCAGCCCAUCCACCCCAGUGGCUCACUUAACCAAAUGAACACACAAACUAUGCAUCCUUCACAGCCUCAGGGAACUUAUGCCUCUCCACCUCCCAUGUCACCCAUGAAAGCAAUGAGUAAUCCAGCAGGCACUCCUCCUCCACAAGUCAGGCCGGGAAGUGCUGGGAUACCAAUGGAAGUUGGCAGUUAUCCAAAUAUGCCCCAUCCUCAGCCAUCUCACCAGCCCACUGGUGCCAUGGGAAUCGGACAGAGGAAUAUGGGCCCCAGAAACAUGCAGCAGUCUCGCCCAUUUAUGGGCAUGUCCUCGGCACCAAGGGAGUUGACUGGGCACAUGAGACCAAAUGGUUGUCCUGGUGUUGGCCUUGGAGACCCACAAGCAAUCCAGGAACGACUGAUACCUGGCCAACAGCAUCCUGGCCAGCAGCCGUCUUUUCAGCAGUUGCCAACCUGUUCUCCACUGCAGCCCCACCCGGGCUUGCACCACCAGUCUUCACCCCCACACCCUCAUCACCAGCCUUGGGCACAGCUCCACCCAUCACCCCAGAACACCCCGCAGAAAGUGCCUGUGCAUCAGCAUUCGCCAUCGGAGCCCUUUCUAGAGAAACCAGUGCCGGAUAUGACUCAGGUUAGUGGACCGAAUGCUCAGCUAGUGAAGAGUGAUGAUUACCUGCCGUCAAUAGAACAGCAGCCACAACAAAAGAAGAAGAAAAAGAAAAACAACCACAUUGUAGCAGAGGAUCCCAGUAAAGGUUUUGGUAAAGAUGACUUCCCUGGUGGGGUAGAUAACCAAGAACUAAAUAGGAACUCACUGGAUGGGUCCCAAGAAGAAAAAAAGAAAAAGAAAAGGUCAAAGGCAAAAAAAGAUCCGAAGGAACCGAAAGAACCCAAGGAGAAAAAAGAGCCCAAGGAACCCAAGACCCCGAAAGCCCCUAAGAUUCCCAAAGAGCCAAAGGAAAAGAAAGCAAAAACUGCCACGCCAAAACCUAAAUCCAGCAAAAAGUCAAGUAAUAAGAAACCUGACUCAGAAGCAAGUGCUUUGAAGAAAAAGGUCAACAAGGGAAAAACAGAAGGUUCUGAAAAUUCAGACUUAGACAAAACACCCCCACCAUCUCCUCUUCCUGAAGAAGACGAGGACCCAGGUGUUCAGAAGAGACGGUCCAGCAGACAGGUGAAGAGAAAGCGCUACACUGAAGACCUGGAGUUCAAGAUUUCCGAUGAGGAGGCAGAUGAUGCAGAUGCUGCUGGGAGGGAUUCCCCCUCCAACACCUCACAGUCAGAACAGCAGGAAUCUGUUGAUGCAGAAGGCCCAGUGGUAGAAAAAAUCAUGAGCAGUCGUUCAGUAAAAAAGCAGAAGGAAUCUGGAGAAGAGGUAGAAAUUGAGGAAUUCUAUGUGAAAUACAAAAACUUCUCUUAUCUUCAUUGUCAAUGGGCAUCUGUAGAAGAUCUGGAAAAAGAUAAGAGAAUUCAGCAAAAAAUUAAACGAUUUAAGGCAAAGCAGGGCCAGAACAAGUUCCUUUCAGAGAUUGAGGAUGAGCUUUUUAAUCCAGAUUAUGUGGAGGUUGACCGGAUAAUGGACUUUGCACGUAGCACAGAUGACCGGGGAGAGCCUGUGACUCACUAUUUGGUGAAGUGGUGUUCACUUCCUUAUGAAGACAGCACGUGGGAGCGGAGGCAGGACAUAGAUCAAGCAAAGAUCGAGGAGUUUGAGAAAUUAAUGUCCAGGGAGCCGGAAACAGAGCGUGUGGAGCGACCUCCUGCUGAUGAUUGGAAGAAAUCGGAGAGUUCCAGGGAGUAUAAAAACAAUAACAAACUCAGGGAAUACCAGUUGGAGGGAGUAAACUGGCUACUUUUCAAUUGGUACAACAUGCGAAACUGCAUUUUAGCAGAUGAAAUGGGUUUGGGAAAAACUAUCCAGUCCAUUACAUUUCUCUAUGAGAUAUAUUUGAAAGGAAUCCAUGGCCCUUUUUUAGUAAUUGCCCCAUUGUCCACAAUCCCCAACUGGGAAAGGGAAUUCCGAACCUGGACAGAGUUGAAUGUGGUUGUGUAUCAUGGGAGUCAAGCUAGUCGUCGGACCAUUCAGUUGUAUGAAAUGUACUUCAAAGAUCCCCAGGGUCGAGUGAUAAAGGGGUCCUAUAAGUUUCAUGCCAUCAUCACUACAUUUGAGAUGAUUUUGACUGAUUGUCCUGAGCUGCGGAAUAUUCCAUGGCGCUGUGUAGUCAUUGAUGAAGCCCACAGGCUGAAGAACAGGAACUGCAAGCUGUUGGAGGGACUCAAGAUGAUGGACUUGGAACACAAAGUGCUGCUGACGGGAACCCCGCUACAGAACACUGUGGAAGAACUCUUCAGCUUGCUUCAUUUCUUGGAACCAAGUCGCUUCCCUUCAGAAACCACCUUUAUGCAAGAAUUUGGUGAUCUAAAAACAGAAGAGCAGGUGCAAAAACUUCAAGCUAUUCUAAAGCCAAUGAUGUUGAGACGUCUCAAAGAGGAUGUAGAAAAGAACUUGGCCCCCAAAGAAGAAACUAUUAUUGAAGUCGAGCUAACAAACAUUCAGAAGAAAUAUUACCGAGCCAUCCUUGAGAAGAAUUUCACAUUUCUUUCCAAAGGUGGUGGGCAAGCUAAUGUACCUAACCUUUUAAACACUAUGAUGGAAUUGCGGAAGUGCUGCAAUCAUCCAUACCUUAUCAAUGGUGCUGAAGAGAAAAUUUUGGAAGAGUUUAAAGAAACACACAAUGCAGAGUCUCCAGAUUUUCAGCUCCAGGCAAUGAUCCAGGCUGCUGGCAAGCUAGUGCUGAUUGACAAGCUGCUGCCAAAACUGAAGGCUGGUGGCCACAGGGUGCUUAUCUUUUCCCAGAUGGUGCGCUGCUUGGACAUACUGGAAGACUACCUCAUUCAAAGACGGUACCCAUAUGAAAGGAUCGAUGGCCGAGUCAGAGGCAAUCUCCGCCAGGCAGCUAUCGACAGAUUCUCCAAACCUGAUUCUGAUAGGUUUGUUUUCCUCCUGUGUACAAGGGCAGGAGGCUUAGGCAUUAACCUCACUGCUGCUGAUACCUGCAUCAUCUUUGAUUCAGACUGGAAUCCCCAAAAUGACCUCCAGGCUCAGGCUAGAUGUCAUAGAAUAGGACAGAGCAAAUCUGUGAAAAUCUACAGGCUGAUUACAAGAAACUCCUAUGAAAGGGAAAUGUUCGACAAGGCUAGUUUGAAGCUGGGGCUGGAUAAAGCUGUGCUGCAGUCUAUGAGUGGAAGAGAAAAUGCUACCAAUGGGGUACAACAGCUUUCCAAGAAAGAAAUAGAGGAUCUUCUACGAAAAGGGGCCUAUGGUGCACUCAUGGAUGAGGAGGAUGAAGGGUCUAAAUUUUGUGAAGAAGAUAUUGAUCAGAUCCUGCUACGUCGAACCCACACCAUUACCAUUGAGUCAGAAGGGAAAGGUUCCACAUUUGCUAAGGCCAGUUUUGUUGCAUCUGGAAAUAGGACAGAUAUUUCCUUAGAUGAUCCAAAUUUCUGGCAAAAGUGGGCUAAGAAGGCUGAAUUGGAUAUUGAUGCCUUAAAUGGAAGGAACAACCUGGUUAUUGAUACUCCAAGAGUGAGAAAGCAGACCAGGCUCUACAGUGCAGUGAAGGAAGAUGAGCUGAUGGAGUUCUCAGACUUGGAAAGUGAUUCUGAAGAAAAGCCCUGUGCAAAGCCACGGCGCCCCCAGGAUAAGUCACAGGGCUAUGCAAGGAGUGAGUGUUUCAGGGUGGAGAAGAAUCUGCUUGUCUAUGGUUGGGGACGGUGGACAGACAUUCUCUCCCACGGACGCUAUAAACGUCAACUCACUGAGCAAGAUGUGGAAACCAUCUGCAGAACCAUCCUGGUGUACUGUCUUAAUCAUUACAAAGGGGAUGAGAAUAUCAAAAGCUUCAUCUGGGAUCUGAUCACACCUACAGCAGAUGGCCAGACUCGAGCCUUGGUCAACCAUUCUGGUUUAUCAGCCCCAGUGCCAAGGGGAAGGAAGGGAAAGAAGGUGAAAGCCCAGAGCACACAGCCGGUGGUGCAGGAUGCCGACUGGCUGGCCAGCUGCAACCCAGAUGCCCUGUUCCAGGAGGACAGCUACAAGAAACACCUGAAGCAUCACUGUAACAAGGUCCUGCUGCGUGUCCGCAUGCUGUACUACCUAAGACAAGAAGUGAUAGGAGACCAGGCAGAUAAGAUCUUAGAGGGUGCUGACUCAAGUGAAGCCGAUGUAUGGAUUCCGGAACCUUUCCAUGCUGAAGUUCCUGCAGAUUGGUGGGAUAAGGAAGCAGACAAAUCCCUCUUAAUUGGAGUAUUCAAACAUGGCUAUGAGAAGUACAACUCCAUGCGAGCUGACCCCGCGCUGUGCUUUCUGGAACGAGUCGGCAUGCCUGAUGCCAAGGCCAUAGCUGCCGAGCAAAGAGGAACAGACAUGCUAGCAGAUGGCGGUGACGGGGGAGAAUUUGAUAGAGAAGAUGAAGACCCAGAAUAUAAACCAACCAGAACACCAUUCAAAGAUGAAAUAGAUGAAUUUGCAAAUUCUCCUCCGGAGGAUAAGGAAGAAUCCUUGGAAAUACAUGCCACAGGCAAGCACAGUGAGAGUAAUGCUGAGUUAGGCCAACUUUACUGGCCUAACACUUCAACCCUGACUACACGUCUGCGCCGGCUCAUUACUGCCUAUCAGCGCAGCUAUAAAAGGCAACAGAUGAGGCAAGAGGCCCUAAUGAAGACUGACCGGCGCAGACGGCGGCCUCGGGAGGAAGUGAGAGCUCUGGAAGCGGAAAGGGAAGCUAUUAUAUCUGAGAAGCGGCAAAAGUGGACAAGAAGAGAAGAGGCUGAUUUUUACCGUGUAGUAUCCACCUUUGGGGUUAUUUUCGACCCUGUGAAACAGCAAUUUGACUGGAACCAAUUUCGAGCCUUUGCCAGGCUUGACAAAAAGUCUGAUGAAAGUUUGGAGAAAUACUUCAGUUGUUUCGUGGCCAUGUGUCGGCGAGUGUGUCGAAUGCCCACCAAGCCAGAUGACGAACCGCCCGACCUCUCCAUGAUUGAGCCCAUCACAGAGGAGCGAGCCUCUCGAACUCUGUACCGCAUUGAGCUGCUGCGGAAGAUCCGUGAGCAGGUUCUCCAUCACCCCCAGCUGGGAGAGAGGCUUAAGCUCUGCCAGCCAAGCUUGGAUCUGCCAGAGUGGUGGGAGUGUGGAAGGCAUGACCGAGACUUGCUGGUUGGUGCUGCUAAACAUGGGGUCAGUCGGACGGAUUAUCACAUCCUCAAUGACCCAGAGUUGUCCUUCUUGGAUGCGCAUAAAAACUUUGCUCAAAACAGAGGGGCAGGUAAUGUAUCUUCCUUGAACCCACUGGCAGUUGGAUUUGGCCAGACUCCUCCAGCCAUCUCAUCGGCUCACAUUCAAGAUGAGAAGGUAAUGGAUCAAGCUGAAGGCAAAGUGGAGGAGUCUGAAAACCCGACUCCCAAGGAGAAAUGUGAGGGCAAAGAAGAGGAAGAAGAAACCGACAGCGGCGGGAAGGAGAGCAAGCAGGAGCGUGAGGCCGAGGCCAGCUCUGUGAAAAAUGAACUGAAAGGUGUCGAGGUCGGCGCAGACACUGGGUCCAAGUCUAUCUCAGAGAAAGGUUCCGAAGAGGAUGAAGAGGAAAAACUGGAGGAUGACGAUAAGUCAGAAGAGUCUUCCCAGCCUGAAGCAGGAGCUGUCUCUAGAGGGAAGAAUUUUGAUGAAGAAAGCAAUGCUUCCAUGAGCACUGCUAGGGAUGAAACCCGAGAUGGAUUCUACAUGGAGGAUGGAGAUCCUUCAGUAGCUCAGCUCCUGCAUGAAAGAACAUUUGCCUUCUCAUUUUGGCCUAAGGAUAGAGUAAUGAUAAACCGAUUAGACAACAUCUGUGAAGCAGUGUUGAAAGGCAAAUGGCCAGUAAAUAGGCGCCAGAUGUUUGAUUUCCAAGGCCUCAUCCCAGGUUACACACCGACCACAGUGGACAGCCCCUUGCAGAAGAGGAGCUUUGCCGAGCUCUCCAUGGUCGGCCAAGCCAGCAUUAGUGGGACUGAGGACAUCACUACUUCUCCUCAGUUGUCAAAGGAAGAUGCCCUCAACCUCUCUGUCCCCCGCCAGCGAAGGAGGAGGAGGAGAAAAAUUGAAAUUGAGGCCGAAAGAGCUGCCAAGAGGCGAAAUCUCAUGGAGAUGGUUGCCCAGCUUCGAGAGUCUCAGGUGGUCUCAGAAAAUGGACAAGAAAAAGUUGUAGAUUUAUCAAAGGCCUCCAGAGAGGCAACAAGCUCUACCUCAAAUUUUUCAUCUCUUUCUUCAAAGUUUAUCUUGCCUAAUGUCUCUACACCAGUGUCUGAUGCCUUUAAGACUCAAAUGGAACUGCUCCAAGCAGGCCUUUCACGCACACCCACAAGGCAUCUGCUUAAUGGCUCCCUAGUGGAUGGAGAGCCUCCCAUGAAGAGGAGGCGAGGAAGGAGGAAAAACGUGGAGGGCCUUGAUAUGCUUUUCCUGAGCCACAAACGGACGUCAUUGAGUGCAGAGGAUGCUGAGGUGACCAAAGCUUUUGAAGAAGAUAUAGAGACCCCACCAACAAGAAACAUUCCUUCUCCCGGACAGCUGGACCCAGACACACGGAUCCCUGUUAUCAGUCUCGAAGAUGGGACUAGGCUGGUGGGGGAAGAUGCUCCUAAAAAUAAGGAUUUAGUUGAAUGGCUGAAGCUGCACCCUACAUACACUGUUGAUAUGCCAAGUUAUGUACCAAAGAAUGCAGAUGUGCUGUUUUCCUCAUUUCAGAAACCGAAACAGAAACGACAUAGAUGUCGAAACCCUAAUAAAUUGGAUAUAAACACUUUGACAGGAGAGGAAAGGGUGCCUGUUGUCAAUAAGCGAAAUGGCAAGAAGAUGGGUGGAGCUAUGGCGCCUCCAAUGAAGGAUCUACCCAGGUGGCUGGAAGAAAAUCCCGAAUUUGCAGUUGCUCCAGACUGGACUGAUAUAGUUAAGCAGUCUGGUUUUGUUCCCGAGUCGAUGUUUGACCGCCUUCUCACUGGGCCUGUGGUGCGGGGAGAAGGAGCAAGCAGAAGAGGAAGAAGGCCCAAAAGUGAGAUCGCCAGAGCAGCCGCGGCCGCUGCUGCUGUGGCCUCCACGUCAGGGAUCAACCCUCUGCUGGUGAACAGCCUGUUUGCUGGAAUGGACCUGACGAGCCUUCAGAAUCUCCAGAAUCUCCAGUCGCUCCAGCUGGCAGGCCUCAUGGGCUUCCCUCCAGGACUGGCAACAGCUGCCACUGCCGGAGGCGACGCGAAGAACCCUGCUGCUGUGCUGCCCCUGAUGCUGCCAGGAAUGGCGGGCCUGCCCAACGUGUUUGGCUUGGGCGGGCUGUUGAAUAACCCUCUGUCAGCUGCUACUGGAAACACCACUACUGCUUCUAGUCAAGGAGAACCGGAAGACAGCACUUCAAAAGGAGAGGAGAAAGGAAAUGAGAAUGAAGACGAGAACAAAGACUCUGAGAAAAGCACAGAUGCUGUUUCGGCUGCUGACUCUGCAAAUGGAUCUGUUGGUGCUGCUACUGCCCCGGCCGGAUUGCCCUCAAACCCGCUAGCCUUCAACCCUUUCCUCCUGUCCACCAUGGCCCCGGGCCUCUUCUACCCAUCCAUGUUUCUACCUCCAGGACUGGGGGGAUUGACGCUGCCUGGGUUCCCAGCAUUGGCAGGACUUCAGAAUGCCGUGGGCUCCAGCGAAGAAAAGGCUGCUGACAAGGCCGAGGGAAGACCCUUUAAAGAUGGGGAGACCCUCGAAGGCAGCGAUGCCGAGGAGAGCCUGGAUAAGACUGCAGAGUCCUCCCUCUUAGAAGACGAAAUAGCACAGGGUGAAGAGCUAGACUCGCUUGAUGGGGGGGAAGAAAUAGAAAACAAUGAAAAUGAUGAAUAACCAGUACCAGUUCCAGUUCAAGUGUUUAAAACUUUUGACAAGUGGUAGUCCUACUGUUUACACUCACAGUUAAUGUUCAUACCUAGUUUUAUAAGCUGUUCUGUAACAUAGUGUAGC